AUGGUUUAUUGGCAUACUCUUUAUAAGAAGCAUCACUCUUGGAUGAUUAGGAAGACCAGAGGGUACAACUUCUUCCUCCUCUUUUUGUGCUUUUACAGCGUCUAUUGGUACAAUCGUAGCAGCGCGCAACGUACCUUGGCAUUCUUGGACAGAGUCCGACCAGAUGAGAAAAAAGCAAGAGAAGAUAUUAAAAUGUGGGGAUAUAGACGCCACUAUCAACCCCUUAUAGCUAGAUCAAGAAAGAAUGCUCUUAUUGCUAAAGGGGACUAUCAAAUGCGCAUUCCAUACGAAGAUCAGAUCAAAGCUGACGAAGUCCUCAAACAGCAAGGCUAUAAACUCUAA